CUCUUCGCUCCCCCAACCCAACCCAGCAGCCCUUACACCGGCGGCGGCGGCGGCGGCGGCGUGCUCGUUCCAAUGGCGCUCGUCGCCGGCUCCUACGAGCGCUUCAUCUGGGGCUUCUCCCUCAAAAGCCUAGCAUCCUCCGCCUCCGCCUCCGCCUCCGCCUCCGCCUCUGCCUCCUCGUCGGAAACCCUGUCCCUCGCGCCGCUCUUCUCCUACCCGGCCCACGCGGGGCCCAUCCGCUGCGUCGCGGCGGCGCCCCGGGCGGGGCUCGCGGCGUCGGGCGGGUCCGACGACACCGUCCGCCUCUACGACCUCCCCGCCGCCGCCGACCUCGGCCCGCUCCUCGACCCCUCGGCGGCCGUCUCCGCGGUCGCCUUCUACUCCCGCGGCCCCGUCCCGCGCAACCUCCUCGCCGCCUCCGACGACGGCCUGCUCCACCUCUACGACGCCGACGGCUUCGCGCUCCUCGCCUCGAUCCGCGUCUUCUCGGCGCGCCACGAGCCCGCCGACGGCCUCGCCGUGCACCCCACGGGGCGGGUCGCGCUCGCCGUCGGCCGCUCGGGUGGCCUCGCGAUGCUCAACCUCGUCCGUGGGCGCCGCAGCUUCUCGUGCCGCCUCGAGCGGCCGGCCACGGCGGUCGCCUACGCGGAGGAUGGCGCCGGUGGUGACCGAUUCGUGAUGGCCGCCGAGGAGAAGGUGACCGUGCACGACUCUGAGGACGCUAGGAUCAUCCAUGAGAUUGAUUGCGGCAAAAGGGUGCUCGCCUUCGCGUCCGCUAAGAAGGGAGUACUUUACACUGGAGGUGAGGAACGCGGUAUUGCUGCUUGGGAUCUUUCCAGCGGCAAGGUUACAUCACGUAUUGAGGGUGCUCAUUCAACUCGUGUAAAAGGGAUUGUUGUCUUUGAUGACAAGAAUGAUGGAUCUGAAGUGUGCAACCUAAUUGCUUCGGCCUCAUCAGAUGGUAUAAUAAGGAUCUGGGAUGCUCGGAUGAUGGCAAACCAGAAGCCUACUCCAUUAGCAGAGGCUAACACGAAAGCAAGGCUGACUUGUCUUGCUGGAUCAUCAUUGAAGUGAGUUACGGAUAAAG